AUGUCCGCAAAAUCGAUUCUCGAGGCCGACGGCAAGGCCAUCCUCAACUACCACCUCACUCGCGCUCCCGUCAUCAAGCCGACUCCUCUUCCUCAAGCAGCGACCCACAACCCGGCACCUCGCCUCGCGUCUCUACACUUUCCAGCAGAUGCGGCGGUCAAGGACGUCUUGGACCAAGCGGAGGUGACAUACCCGUGGCUCCUUGCGCGAGACUCAAGGUUUGUUGCAAAGCCAGAUCAGUUGAUAAAGCGACGAGGAAAGAGCGGCUUGCUGGCGCUGAACAAGACCUGGCCAGAGGCUAGGGAGUGGAUCGAAGCCAGGGCGGGCAAGUCGCAGAGGGUUGAGACGGUAGACGGUGUCCUGAGGCAAUUCCUCGUGGAGCCAUUCGUGCCUCACCCUUCUGAUACUGAGUACUAUAUCAACAUCAACUCCGUACGAGAGGGUGACUGGAUUCUGUUCACGCACGAGGGUGGUGUCGAUGUUGGUGAUGUUGAUGCGAAGGCUGAAAAGCUUCUCAUCCCGGUCGACCUUAGCGAAUAUCCCUCCAACGAGGAGAUUGCUGCCACACUCUUGAAGAAGGUCCCAGAGGGCGUUCACAACGUGCUCGUAGAUUUCAUCUCGAGACUGUACGCCGUCUAUGUCGAUUGCCAAUUCACCUAUCUCGAAAUAAACCCUCUCGUCGUCAUCCCAAACGCCGACGCCACCUCAGCUGAAGUACACUUCCUUGAUCUUGCUGCCAAGCUAGACCAGACCGCCGAGUUCGAGUGCGGUGUGAAGUGGGCCAUUGCUCGCAGUGCGACUGCCCUUGGUAUACCCACAGUCGCAUCCAAGGAUGCCAAGGUCACCAUCGAUGCCGGCCCACCAAUGGAGUUCCCUGCGCCCUUCGGUCGAGAAAUGAGCAAGGAAGAGACUUACAUCGCUGAGAUGGACGCGAAGACCGGCGCGUCGCUCAAGCUUACCAUCCUCAACGGCAACGGUCGCAUAUGGACCCUUGUCGCUGGUGGUGGUGCUUCCGUCGUCUACGCCGAUGCCAUCGCAUCUGCUGGUUUCGCGGGCGAGCUUGCCAACUACGGCGAGUAUUCCGGCGCUCCCAACGAGAGCCAGACUUUCAACUAUGCCCGCACAGUCCUGGACCUUAUGCUUCGUGCACCUCAGCGCCCGGAGGGCAAGGUCCUCUUUAUCGGCGGUGGUAUUGCCAACUUUACUAAUGUCGCCUCCACAUUCAAGGGUGUUAUCCGCGCUCUGCGGGAAGUCGCGCCUCUGCUCAGCGAGCAUAAGGUCCAGAUCUGGGUCCGCCGUGCCGGUCCCAACUACCAAGAGGGCCUCAAAAGUAUCAAGGCGGUCGGACAGGAGCUUGAGCUCGACAUGCAUGUCUACGGCCCGGAGAUGCACGUCAGUGGCAUUGUCCCACUGGCCCUCAGCGGAAAGACGUCCGAUGUCAAGGAGUUCAGCGGUUAG